AUGAGUGCGCCAAAUCUAGAGAUUGGGCAAAAGAAAGUAUUAAUAGAAAACUUGAAGAACGGCUCAGAAUUAGAAGGAAUGAGACCCAUCAUUGAUGAAAUUAAGAAGAAACUUACAACAUUCGUUAAUAAUUGCGAUUCAACUUCAAUCUUUUUGUCUGGUCCAUCUGGCAGCGGAAAGUCAUUCUGUGUAAAUCAGGCUAUGAAAGAGGCGCUACCAGAAAAUAUGUGGCGCGUUGUAAUCGAUUGCAGAAUUUUUGAUACAGACAAAGCAGCCUGCAAGGAAUUUCUUCGUCAAACAAACUCCACUGCUACGGCAUCUAUUCUUGAUGUAUUAAGAGAAAAAGGUUCUGGAGUGAUUGUUUUUGACCAUUUCGAUUCAUUAAAAAUUAUCAAACGCCAAUUCUUCCUUUAUACAAUAUUUGAUUCAAUUCAUGCAAAUACAAUUUCAAUCUGCUCAAUUAUUAAUACAUCUUCUGUUGAACCCCUUUCAAAUCUUGAAAAACGUGUUAGAUCUCGUUUAACCCCUCAAUAUAUCGACGUUCCAGCUCCAACAUUCGAUUCGACUAAGGAAUUUCUUACUAAAACACUUGUUUUCGAUGGUCCAAAGACAUCAAACGAAAAAUCUUGGAAUAAAUACGUCAAAAGCUUCUUCGACUCAGACAAUCUCGACCAACUUAAGCACUUAUUCUCAAUAUCACCAACACUUCAUACAGCACUUGUUUAUGGCCAGAAAUUUGUACUUUCUGACGAUCAUAAAACAUUAGAAAAGAAAUUUAUGGAUAAUUUAUCCAUUGAAAGGUUCCUUGGUAAUCUUUCACAAACAGAGCUUAUUAUACUCUUCAUGGCUGCUUAUAUGGUUGAAGUUAAAGAAAUUCCUGAAUAUUCUGUAGAUACAAUUCGCCAUGAGUUACAUGAGUUAUACAGAACACAUAACUUCUUAUAUAGAAUCCAUAAAGACAACGCAAACCUUGCUUGGGAUAAAUUAAAAUCUUUAGGUUUCAUUGUUCCAACAACAAAGGAUUCGACAAGAUACACGUUUACUUUGUUCGCUGAAGACUUGAAAUCAAGUAUUUCUUUGAUUCCAACUGAUUACCAGGUUUGGAUCAAAAAUUGGUUAACUGUUUAA